AACGCCUUUAGAAGGAGAUCCGGUUUCCGCUGUUGCCUUCUGUUACGAUAAAACGUGUUCUGCAUUAACUCAAUUGGCUAAGUUAACAUGUGUGCCUCUGCUGCACAGAGAUAGGCACCUUUUUCAAAAGAAAUACUAAAGCACAUCGGUUGCAGGUGUUAUAGGGAUAUCUGAUUAACUGUCGUUCUAAUGCAGUAAGAUUGAGAAAAGCUACCCUUUUAAAACCCUGCGGUUGAAUGCCAUCGAAUUAGGCUGAGUGGUCACUGGGGACUCAGUGGCCCAGGUGGAAUGGAGGAAAAGGCUUUGAGUGUCACAGAAAUGCAUAUGUAUUGCCUGGAUGUCCAGAGAGGGACUAACCCGUGAAAAGAAACGCUGUUGAGCUGAAGGGAGGAGGAAAAACGGAGUUUUUACAAUGCUGCGACGCAUUAACCCUACCGCGCUCUUGGCUUCCUUUGCUCUGCCUAUUGGCUGAGCCCGGGCGGCGCUGUCUGCCAAUCGGGUGCUGAAAGGCGGACAAAUCGACCCCGCCACCCGAGAAAGCGGCGGGUAACCCUUGAAGCGCCGGCCGAACCGCGCCGGAGCUGGCGCCGGGAAAGGGAAGCAGGUGUCUCCAGUUGCGGUGGCCUUUUGUCUCGGGGUCGGCUUUUCUCGAUCCUUAAGUCCAUCCUGGCGCAAAGCAUUUCUGGCGGAGAUGCGCCACGGGGUUAAGAUCUGGGCUGGAAUCCGGCCGGGGGCUUGCCUUUUGUUCUUUUGCCAGCUAGGUUACGUUUCUGGGCAGAUCCGCUACCCAGUCCCGGAGGAAUCGAAGGAGGGGACCUUUGUGGGGAACAUCGCCCAGGAUUUCUUGCUGGAUGCAGAAAGCCUGUCGGCUCGCAGGCUGCAGGUCGCUGGCGAGGCGAACCAGAGGUACUUCCGCGUGGAUCUGGACAGCGGAGCCCUGCUUGUCAAAGAUCCCAUCGAUCGAGAGGCGCUGUGCGGGCUCAGUGCCAGCUGCGUUGUGCCGCUGGAGUUUGUGACCGAGGGGCCCUUGGAGAUGUACCGGGCAGAGGUGGAGAUCGUGGAUGUGAAUGACCAUUCUCCUCGAUUCCCUAGGCAGCAGCUAGACUUGGAGAUUGGGGAGGCGGCACCCCCAGGGCAGCGCUUCCCCCUUGAGAAGGCUCAGGACGCCGAUGUGGGGAGUAACUCCAUCAGCAGCUACAGGCUGAGCCCUAAUGACUACUUCGCCCUAGACGUAAAGAAGCGCAGCGACGGCAGUCUCGUCCCAGAGCUGCUUCUGGAAAAACCUUUGGACCGGGAGAAGCAAGCAGACUACCGUCUGGUACUGACUGCCGUCGAUGGAGGCAGCCCUCCAAGGUCAGGCACCGCGGAACUCAAGGUAUCUGUACUGGACGUAAAUGACAACGCCCCAGCUUUCGAGCAGUCUUCUUACAGAAUUAGUGUGCUUGAGAGUGCGCCAGCGGGUACUUUACUCAUCCAGCUGAAUGCCACUGACCCCGACCAGGGUUCCAGCGGCAACAUUACCUUUUCCUUCAGCAACCACACUCCAGAACGUGUGCGCUCUCUCUUUGGCCUGCACUCCACCACAGGACAACUCACGCUUCGGGGGCCCCUGGAUUUUGAGGCUGACAACUACUAUGAAUUUGACGUGAGGGCUAGGGAUGGAGGGACACCAGCCAUGGAGCAGCACUGCAGUCUCCGAGUGGACGUAUUGGAUGUGAAUGACAACGCCCCGCAGAUCACGCUGACCUCGGAGCUGGGGACCCUUCGAGAGAGCGCCGAACCCGGCACUGUGGUGGCACUCAUUAGCGUCCAAGACCCGGAUUCUGGGCCUAAUGGCGACGUGAGCCUCCGUAUCCCCGAGCACCUGCCCUUUGCACUCAAGUCGGCCUUCAAGAACCAGUUCUCCCUCGUGACAGCUGCUGCCUUGGACCGAGAGGAGGAAUCCAAGUACGAGAUUCCGGUUACCGCCUCUGAUGCAGGCUCUCCGCCCCUGAGCACACGCAGGACGAUUUUCCUUAACGUUUCCGACGUUAACGAUAACCCACCUUCCUUCAUUCAGAGGUCCCACGAGGUCUUCGUUCAGGAGAACAACCGUCCUGGGGAUCUUCUCUGCUCCUUGGCAGCCUCUGAUCCAGACUCAGGUUUGAAUGCACUCAUUUCUUACUCCCUUCUGGAGCCCCGAGGGCGGGAUGUCUUGGCUUCUUCCUUCAUCUCCCUCAAUCCCCAGACCGGAGCAGUCCACGCCACCAGGUCCUUCGACUAUGAGCAAACUCAGACGCUGCAGUUCGAGGUGCAGGCCCGGGAUCGGGGUGACCCACCCCUCAGCAGCACGGUGACGGUUCGCCUCUUCGUGCUAGAUCUCAACGACAAUGCCCCUGCAGUGCUCCGUCCUAGGGCUAGGCCAGGGUCUCUGUGCCCACAAGCACUGCCCCCCUCGGUGGGAGCGGGCCACCUUGUAACCAAGGUGACUGCUGUGGACUUGGAUUCAGGAUAUAAUGCCUGGGUCUCCUAUCAACUUCUCGAGGCCCCGGAUCCUAGCCUAUUUGCUGUCUCUCGCUAUGCAGGUGAGAUUCGGACAGCAGUCCCCAUUCCAGCUGACCUUCCUCCCCAGAAGCUGGUUAUAGUGGUGAAGGACAAUGGAAGUCCCCCACUCUCCACCUCCGUGACGCUGCUGGUGUCUCUAGAGGAAGAUUCACACCCCGCUCUUCCCGACCUGCGGGAGCACUCAGCUAAGCCCCAAGGGGAGUCUCGCCUGACCCUCUACCUUGCUGUAUCCCUGGUGGCUAUCUGCUUUGUCUCCUUUGGCUCUUUUGUGGCACUGCUCUCCAAGUGCCUGCGAGGUACCGCCUGCGGCCUGAGAUGCCUUGGCGGGACCUGCUCCUGUCUCAGUCGGUCCCGAAGGAGGGAGGGGCUCCCGCCUUCUAAUGGCAUCCUCCGCAUUCAGUUGGGUUCGGAAGAUCCCAUCAAAUUCGUGGAUGUGGGUGGUCACUCUCAUGGUUGCACACCCUUGGCUUCAGCACCCUCUCGGAGCGAUAGCUUCAUGAUGGUGAAAUCACCGAGUGCACCUCUGGCAGGGGAGCCUGUCCGCCCAAGCUGCCCGCCUUCCGAUCUGCUCUACGGCCUGGAGCAAGCCCCUCCCAACACGGAUUGGCGUUUCUCUCAGGCCCAGAGACCAGGCACCAGUGGCUCCCAGAAUGGUGAUGAAGGAGGCACCUGGCCCAACAAUCAGUUUGACACCGAGAUGCUUCAGGCGAUGAUCCUGGCUUCUGCCAAUGAAGCUGCAGAUGGAAGUUCAACCCUCGGGGGUGGUGCUGGCACCAUGGGGCUGAGUGCCCGCUACGGGCCCCAGUUCACGCUGCAGCAUGUGCCUGACUAUAGGCAGAAUGUCUACAUCCCCGGCAGCACUGCCACGUUGGCCAAUGCCGCUGGGAAGAGAGAUGGCAAGGCCCCUGCAGGUGGCAAUGGAAACAAGAAGAAAUCUGGCAAGAAGGAGAAGAAGUAGGGUCAGCAUUAGGUCCCAAGCACAGGGCCACAGGGCAAACCCCCUCCCACCAAUCCAGCCUCCCCCCAGUUCCCUGAACCCUCAGAAUGUAGGGGAUCACCCCCAGGCUGAUGGUGGGAGCGAUGGUGACCCCCUCCCUCUUGGGAAACACAAAUAAGUGCCCUGUGAAUACCCCCUUCUGUGCCUCCAGAGGGAUUGAAUAUGCAAAGGGGGUACUGCCAGGAGUCCCCAACACAAAUGCUGUACCCAUGGGAACAGUGCAGAUACAGAGAUUCAUAUAUAACUUCCCUCCUCUCCUCCAUCCCUAGCUUAGAAGCCCCAGUUACAUUUUGGCUUCCCAUACUUUCCCCUCUCCCCCCUCCCCAUCAAUUAGGUUGACUCUGUCUCCCACUCCUAAACCUCUAACCUCCCCCUCCCUUCUUUUGGAUAUUAUGGGUAUUAUGAGACCUUAGGCUGAGUGGCCUUAAGAUCUGGGGAGUGGGGACAGGAUUGUGCUUUUCUCAUACCUGUGGAGAGUUGUGGGAGCCCAGUGACCUCUCACUCCCACUUUCUAAACCAACUUCAAAUAUUUUAACUUCUCUACUUACUCUAUUUUCCUCCUUACCCAACCCCCAUUCUUCCAGUGCCUGAAAUCAUGAGUAGAUCACAGGUGCUUGGGGACAAAUGUAAUCAUCAUCCCCACGACCCUGACAUGGACUGGGUUUGGGGAAAAUCUUCGUCCCUCAGCCUCCACCCAAGGCCCCAGUAAACAGGGAUCAGGGUUGGGUUAUGGGACCAUUCUCUUCAGAGUUCCUCAUCUCCUAUUCUUUCUCUACCCCUCAGCAAAAGAAUCCAUUGCAUGUUGGGAAAUAGCAUGGCAUGGUGGGAUGAGUAGGGAGGGCUUAGGGAGGGGGGGGUGGGGAACCUUUCCAUUAGAAAGACAAAUCUUUGGUCAGGGUCUCAAAGGAGGAGUUGUGGGUCCUCUCACUACCAGCUCCUACUAGUUACUGGUUGGGCUCCCCAAACUAAUCAAGGCCCCAUAUUGUAUAACUGUCAUGGGGCCAAGCAUCCUGUGGAGGAGAGCUCUGGAUUGGGCCUAGUCACCUGGAUGCAAAGCCUCAGGCUUCUGGCUCUGGGGAAUGUCAUCUUGGCCAUAGGGGAUUUAAAGGGAAUCAAAUGGCAUCAAAGUGAGAUUGAGCUCUUGGGUCUACUAUAUAUGUAUAUGGGGAUGUGUGUGUGGCUGAGAACAAAUUGAAAGGGAGGGGGGGAGAGAGGGGAGGUAAUUCAGGCUAGGUCAGAUGGACAUAGACAAAAGUUGCCAAGGGCAAUCCAGGCCUAUGAGGACUCUUACUCAUCAGAUUAAGCAGGGUCAGUAUAGGCCAGUUCCAGGGCAGUUUGACCAGUACAGGAAACCACACUCUUCCCCCCCACACCCCCAAAGCUUCUGCAUGACCGUCAGACAUCACGCUCU